CUUGGCCCCAAUGAACUUGAAGCUAGCCUUGUAACAUGCCCGGGCCCUAUCGCGUCACUGCAGAUGUGCCUCAAUAAUACAUCAUGGUAUUCAAAUACAGGCUGGACGACAAGAAUGACUGUUUUCUUUCAAAACUCUGCAGUUGCCUAUAGUCGAAGCAACGCAACCAUUCUCUGGCACUCCUUUACGGAUACCCCGGCCAUACCGCUCAAUUUGUCUGCACAGCAAAUCCUCGAAGCCUAUGAUCAUCUGUUAUUCGAUACCACAACGCUGCUGAAUAACGGGUCUAGCCCGUUAUCCCUAUUCUCUAGCCCAUCCUUUCCAACGUUUCUGUGGUUGGUCGAGCCCGAAUUCAGUGAUCAACUUGCUAUGGAGAGUGUGAGCGGUGUAGCAUUCGCCAUCUCCGUGUUGCAGUCGCUUCUUGCCUUCCCAAUAUACUUUUGCCAGAAUGGUGUUGCGAGGCGCCUUUUACCAGGAGCUAUGGGCUCUAAGUCCGUAUCCAACCCUGGACUAUCCUUUCUCAUUAGCCAGCUCAGUGAACCCCCAGAACGCAGUAGCCCAGCAUCGUACGCCUACCACCGGUACCAAGUUACUGUGAGCUUUGCGACCCUAAUUGCUUAUAUAGCUGUAAGCGGGACUGCACUAUUAGCUUGCAGCAUUAUUCAAGUCGUCAUGAAUCUGUCAUCGCACGUCGGGCGAGGUAGUCAACAACCUCGCCUUAGCCGAUUCCCCACACUUGAUUUGUUUAUGCACUGCACUAUUGAGGACGAAAACCGAUAUGUGAUUUACCAAGGACGAUCGGGAUUCUUUCCUACCGAUACUUCCCAACGAAGCUUAAGGAAAUGGCUGUCAAAUAUUGGCAUCAGGUGGUCUCGGCCGCGCACCAUCGAGGAUGGCCUGCAUCUUUUUGGCGAGGAUUUCGUGGAUGAACAUGGAGAGUGGUCUUCCACUAGCAUGAGACCAAUAUCUCCUCAUCCUAAUCGGUCAAAAGUCUCCUUGUCUAGGUGCGAUUAGUGGUUGAUAGAGGAGGCAGGCUUCGCGCACAUAGAUCCACACUAAUCUAAUCUCGAGCUUCUUCUCCCACCCA